GUAGGAUCGUUAUCAGUUACAGUGCCUAUAAUUUAAGAUUACCUAGUUAGCGUUCCAAACAGAACGCACCUAGCUUCCCGCUAGCAAGCAUGACUAGAAACGUUAGUGUGAUAUUGAUUUUAGCUUAUUUAAUAGGAGCUCUUCGAGCAAGUCCUACCGAUGUCGCGAACAACGAUGGUGAGUUCAUAGCAUCCAACGUGCAACAGAUGAUGGUUCAAUACCGUCAAUUUUGUGUAAAUCAAAGCGGAUCGGAUGAAGGCUUUAGCCAGAUUAUAUCCUCCCUGCAACCAGCCAAAAAGUGUGUGAUGCAGUACGUGUAUCUACCACAAUUCAAAAUAGACGUACAAACCUCAAACAAUCGCAAGGAACUAUUCGACAACUACUGCCCCAAAUUUAACGAGUCGCUAGUCUGCUUCGACGGCAUGAUUCAAGGAGUUGCCAAAUGUAUCGGUCAAGACAUGGAUGACGUUAGGAUAAUGCUUGCAAAGAUGGUGAGCAACGUGCUGGAAGUAAUGUGCAAAAACGAUGGCGAAAUCUUUCUCGAGGUUAGGAAAGCUGAGUUCCAGAAUUGCAUGAACAUUCUACAGGAAAACGGUCAGCAAUGUAUGUCUACAAAAAUCAAAAAAACCAAUCCUAUUACCCAAUACGGCUGGGAUAAAUGUCGUGAACUACGGAAAUAUCGUAAAUGUGUCGAUGAAAAAGUUGAUGUUUCUUGUAAGACCACAGCAUUCAGAGAAUUGAUCGACGCUCUUUUCAGGCCAAUUGUUAAGGACAAUAACUGCCAUAAGGUAACAACGAAUUUAGGGUGAAAAAUAUAUGAUUCUGCAAUCCGCAUUUUGCUUUUUUGUAAAGGAUGUGAUCAUAUAUACAUGAGCAAAACAAUAAAUUUGAAUUUUAAAUGCGGAUAA